AUGAGGCACGACCAGAACUGCUGCAAGAUGCAGAGCUCAGUUACUGUGAAGAAUGGAUCCAGAUCGAUGCCGAAGAGGUUUAACUUAAAGCGGCCGGUCCUUCGAGAAAAUCAAACCCUGUGCGAAAGAAAUGGGCACGGCAGCAGCGUCCUUAAAUGGGUGAAAGGGCCAUGUCUUAUUAUACAGCGCAAGGAGAUGACAGCUUUUUUUAAGCUCUUCGAUGACGACCUGAUCCAAGAUUUUCUGUGGAUGGAUUGUUGUUGUAAAAUAGCAGACAAGUAUCUACUGGCGAUGACCUUCGUUUACUUCAAGAGAGCCGGAUUCACUCUAGGGGAACACACAAGGAAUAAUUUCUUUGUUGCUUUAUAUUUGGCAAACACAGUGGAGGAAGAUGAAGAAGAAGCCAAAUAUGAAAUCUUUCCGUGGGCUUUAGGGAAAAACUGGAAGAAACUAUUCCCAGAUUUUCUGAUAUUACGAGACAAGUUGUGGUCCAGAAUAAACUAUCGUGCCGUAGUCAGCAGGCGUUGCUGCGAGGAGGUUAUGGCGAUCGCGCCCGCGCAUUACAUCUGGCAGCGGCAGCGCUCCGAGCGUCACAGCGGCGCGGUGAGGAAUUACUUUAAAGAAACCUGUUUCCCUCGCGGCCCUUCAGCGACGCCACAGGACUGUUCUGUGUGCGGUAAGAGAGGGAGAAGCAUCGGCCUGGGGUUAUCCAGCUCCUCGUCCUCUUCAUCCUGUACCACGGUACUGACCAAAGCGCCACAAGAUUCCCCAGAACCGUCCAAGGAAAACAUGGUGAUUGAUACCCCGCAUUCCAACUAUUUGCAAGAUAGCAGAAAAUGCCUCGCGUUCCUUGACAAGUCCAUGGAGUGGUUCACGAGCAACGAGGAGUAGCUCUGCCGCCCGGCCGAGGAUAAAAGCUCGAGAACUUCCAGUUACUAAAACGUUA